UUUCGGACGAGAAAAUUCGAGUUGGUUACCUUUAAUGCAAUGCACAGAAACCGAUGUCAAUAAAGGGUAUCAACUCAUCCAUGAGUUCUAUAUUCCCGUUUGUCUUCAACAAGAAAACGUCGAUCGGAGAAAAGCACCCAGUGUUGGACUGAACACUCAUUUUCAAAAGAUCAAAAACAAAUGACCAUGUUUUUCAAGUUCGUUGUGGUUGUUUUGUUAGCCGCCCUGUUCAUCGACGAAGCUUCAGCGAAUACCUGUCCUCGUUGGGUGAAGCUUAACAAGAGUCCAGUCUGUUUCGGGGCUCGGAGUAACCAGUAUGGUCGUUUUACCUACCCUCGGAACAUCUUUGUCAGCUCGUUCAUGCUUGUGCAUCGUACAGGAUCAGUUUCGUGUAAUAAAAAACAAUACAGCUACUGGGGAUGUGCUUCUAAUCACCCAAGUCUAAGUGUCGUGUUAACGAAUCAUCAAAACAAGUUAUUGGCCCCAGCUGUUACCAAUGGUGGAGGAUGGUACAACCUGGGAGGUUACACCUCCUCGUCUUCUGCCCUCGUGUUCUGUGCUCCUAAGAAGCCCCACUGUAUCUUCGCCAAUACCGAGCUGCGCCUGUGGUACGGAGAAGAUUUACGUGGCGGUGGAGAGAGCGACAACGGCGGCCGAACAUGCGCAGAUGUUUAUGGUCUGUUGGUCUAAACUGUUCGUAACAAGAAACCUCGACCAUUAGACUGAAUAAAUCAGUAGUUGCUAAAAAAUAUUUUUCUUUGUACUUAGCUAUCGGAAUGAAGAAAAAUAAAAUCAUCGGAG